ACACUUCUCCUCCACCACACAGCUCAGUACAGGAGCGGGAGCAGAGAGGCGACCACCACCACCACCACCAUCACCAGCAGCAGCAGCAGCAGCAGCAGCAGCAGCAGCAGCAGCUCUGUCUUUCUCCAUCUAUCCAUUCUUGUCCUGGUGUGGACACUGAGCGCCAUGUUCACAGCGGUGCUGGUUGGUAUAGUGGUUGGAGGGCUUAUCUUCUACCUGGUUCAGAGGAACAGGAACCAGGUUCUGAAUGCCGUGGAUGGCUGGUGGGGAACUGGAGCGGCCCCUGAUGGUGAGGAGGACAUCACCAUCCGCCCAUUUGAAGUCACCACCAGUGAUGAAGAGCUGGAGGACCUGUAUCGUAGGAUAGAUCAGACGCGUCCCGUUGCCUCACUGGAGGACAGCCGGUUUGAUUAUGGCUUCAACUCCCACUAUUUGGAGAAGGUGGUGUCUUACUGGAGAAACGACUUUGACUGGAAGAGACAAGUUGACAAAAUCAACCAGUACCCCCACUUUAAAACCAAAAUUGAAGGUAUUGAUGUCCAUUACCUGCAUGUGAAGCCCAAAAAAGUGCCAGAGGGAACUACUGCUAUUCCUCUGAUAAUGGUUCACGGCUGGCCUGGGUCUUUCUAUGAGUUCUACGGGUUGAUCCCACUGCUGACAGAACCCUCAAACCCAGACGACCUUGUGUUUGAGGUGGUGUGUCCCUCCAUACCAGGGUAUGGUUUCUCUGAAGCACCACAUAAGAAAGGCUUUGAUUCAGUUUGUGCUGCCAACGUUUUCCACAAGCUCAUGAAGCGUCUGGGAUUCCAGCAGUUCUACGCUCAUGGAGGAGACUGGGGUUGGCUGGUCACCACCAACAUGGCCCAGCUGGAGCCCAAGAUAGUCAAAGGUUUGCAUGUGAACUUUGCCCCACCCUCAAAGCCUGGUCUGACCAUGAUUUUAUCCAUCGUGCUCGGCCGCCACUUCCCUAAACUCUUUGGCUUCACCGACAUGGAUAUUCAGCGUCUCUACCCUUACAUGGAAAAAACGGUGGUGGAGUCCCUCAAAGAGAGUGGCUACAUGCACAUCCAGGCCACCAAGCCUGACACCGUGGGACGAGGACUGAAUGACUCCCCAGUGGGUCUGGCAACCUACAUUCUGGAGAAGUUCUCCACAUGGACCAACCGUGACUUCAGGAGCCUGGAGGACGGCGGACUUACCAGGAAGUUCUCUCUGGACGACCUCCUGACUAAUGUAAUGAUCUACUGGGUUUCUGGAUGCAUCAUCCCGUCUAUGAGGUUCUACAAGGAAAACAUCGGCAAAGGUCUCGACCGGCCGCACACUAAGAUACCAGUUUAUGUGCCUACUGGGUACGCCUGCUUCCCCGACGAGCUGAUGCACACGCCCAAGCUGUGGGUCAAACAGAAGUAUCGCAAACUGGUGACCUUCUCUCCCAUGGCCCGCGGCGGCCAUUUUGCUGCCAUGGAAGAGCCCCAUCUGAUGGCUGAGGACAUCCAGAAGUUCGCCAAGGCAGUUGAGAAGAAAAAGUAAGAAUAGACCGAUGAGCUAAAAGUAACAACAUAGAACAACAUAGUAGUGCGCGCUACGUAGACAGACUAAAGCUAGUUAAGUAAGCAUUGUAUAUAAUAUAGUGUAGCUCACUGAAAUUCCUAAUCAUACAGUCUUUUGCAGUGUUUAUAAAAAAAACACAUCUGUUUCACUGGAUCUGUUGACUGCAAAAUUUGGAUAUACAAUGUAUAUGACUAACAAAAACCUCUGUGUGAGUAUUUGUAGGCCUGGUAACCAACCUCUUCACAUGUACCCAACAGAUUAAAGUGAGAAGAGCA